AUGUCAUCCGAAUCGGUGCCGCUGUUGUCUAAAAACGAAAAUCCCUCAAUUUCAUUUAAAAGGCUAUUGCCGCUGAUUUUUGCAUUUUCUUUCUCGCAGCAGGAGAUUCUGCCGUCAACGAUAGACAGCAUAAAGCGUAUAACGUGUAGCGUGAAGGGUGCUGACGAUUGUGGCGCGGAGGAUGUACAGAAAUUAUCCGCGUCUAUCGUUGCCGCGUAUGGAUCCAUAAAUAGUAUCAUGGUCGUGCUCUCGAUAAUUGUCACUACGUCGAUGCUCGACAAGAUUGGCGUGAAGAAGGUCCUCUAUACCAUCAUAGCACAGGCCUUAGUGGCAUCCAUCACUCUCCCGUUGGCCAUACACGCCACUCCAACUAUCAGCAUUCUUUUGAUGAUUUCUUUCGCAAUUUCUUCUGCAUUCGGCGGUCAAGCUGCCUUUGGAUUUGCAAUGGCCACCCUCGUUAGCAACAUCACUAGCGUUUGCGAUCGUACCACGAAACUGUCUUAUCUCGAAGGUACAGCUUUCUUAGGUUUGACUAUUGCUUCUGCUUUCGGAGGAUACUUGCCAGCUGUGACUGGUAAUUUCUUAUCGCCGUACUACUUUUCUUUCGUCAUCUAUGUACUGUGCGCGUUAUACCUGCGUUUCUACAUCAAAGACACCCCUCACAACGGACAUUUGGAGCUGCAGGAUGUCGAGCAAGUUACAAAGACUUUCAAGAUGGCUCUUGAAGACUUUUUCAGACCACUGUCUAUUAUAUUCGGAAGGAGCAGAGGGCAGACGAAUGCUGGUCCACUUUUGCUUUGCCUGAGUGUCUUUAUUCUGCAGUCAGGAUCGGCGUUCACUGAUAAAACUCUGAUUCAAUAUCUCGGAGAGAGAUUCAAGUUUGACACCAGCAGGACAGGGUUUUAUUUAUCCUUGCUUACAGGAUUCAAGGCAAUAUUUUUGCUGAUUGUUUUCCCGCUCGCGCUGCCUUUCCUCAAGAGGAGCUAUGAAGAGUGGUCGGUACAUCGUCAGCAUGUCGAAAAUGGCACAGAAGACCGUGUUCAAGAACAAGAAGUGAUUGACCAUGUCAAGGAACCGGCUAGCUAUUUUGAAGUGCUGGUGGUGAAAAUAUCGUUUGCACUCGAUGCCAUACUCACCUUUGGAAUUGGCUUGGCUAGCAAUGCGUCAGUUGUGGCAGUUAUGAUAUGCUGUCUGUCAGUAGGAAGUGGUGCGUUGCCUGCUCUGAAAGCACUGAUGAUUGCAUUCGCACCUCACAAGCGCGAUAGAGCUGCUACGUUGGGUGCACUGUAUGUCAUUGACGCGCUCGGACAGGUACUCUCACCUAUCGCGCUAGGUGGCAUAUUUGCAGCUAGCGUGUCCAAACAUCCUGGAUUGGUAUUUGGUGUUUCCGGUGCACUCAUUACCUUAUCCGUUGUGCCAACAUUCUUCUUAAAGGAGAAGCAUUUACAUCGGUGA